AGUAGCUACGGAAAGCGGAACCAAAACAGACAGUGCUGUGUUUCUGGUUUGUUUGUGGAGGCACUUAGUGAAUUAGUUUGAGUGUUUGUAUCAGUGACGGUGAACAGGUCUAUAGAGCAGCCUGUUACAACCGGCAGAGGUGCAGCAUGGUCUCCACGGUCCAGAAUACCGACGUGCAGCAGAAAGAUGCUGAGCAUGCAGUGGUGGUGGCUGUAACGUUUCAUGCAGUCUUUGACUCGGGAGCCAGGACCGACGAUGGCGUGUACGAAGUAGGCGUCGCCUUUCCACUGCUGCAGGCGCUGCAGAAAGUGAACGAGCGCCUGCUGGAGAAAAAUCCCGCCGAGUCUCUGCUGUUUGACGUGGUUCUGAUCACCACCGACAGCCAGCAACAGCAGCAGAGCUCCCACAUCACCAGCAGCACCAGACAUUACGGUCUUGAAGUCAGCAGAUUCUGUUUUUCCAGUGAGGAGGACUUUACUGAGAGUCUACUGAAAAAUAAAGUGCAGCUCUUCCUGUCAACAGACAGCAACGAGGCGUUGCAGGUGUCAAAGAAAGGUAUUCUCGCGGCGCUGCUAGGAGAGUACACAGCCUCCUGUCCAUCAGAACAGCUCAGAGUUCUGUUCUGUGGGGACGCCGUCAUCUGGCCUGAUGCUGAGCCAGCGCCAGAGAGCAGACAGGCUGCUCAGAGCUUCUCAGCUCAGCUGGGAGAGAUGCGACAGAGGUUCGGCAUGUUCGACAGUCCUCUCAACAUCGCCCUACUCACGUCACAUGGUGGCAGGGAAAGCUGCGGCAGCGCCCUGUUGACGCUGCGCUCCCUCGGCGUCAGUGCGGAUGAAGCAUACUGCCUGGCAGGGGCCCCCCGUAGUCCCAUGCUGACCCUGCUCAGACCUCAUUUCCUAGUCAGCUGCCUAGAUGACUGACGACAUCCUGACCGCGACUGUCUUUGGAACAAGCUGCAAAAGCCUCAGACUAAGCACAAAGUUAACUUCAGUUAACUGGUUAAUCUUAUUCAGCCUUAAAGAACCAGUGAGGGAUCCAAAGUGAAAUCCUCCUAACAAAAGUGUUACAUUAAAGUGGCAACAGUUUCAUUUGAUGUAUUCAUAAUGGUUUAAAUGCUAUUUUGUGAUGCUUGGCUAGGAUGAUUGAGGUGGAAGUUAUUUUUCAAGGGUGUAUAUACAGUAUUUGGCUAUGCAAGGACAGCAGUAUAUAAAGUAGUAUAUUAAAUUUAGUUUAUUGCACAGGUGUCAUACAUAUGGCCCUGGUGGGCCAAGUCGGUCAAAUCGGCCCACCAGAGGGUGUAAUCUGGUCCGCAAAGUGACAAAAUUACAUAGAAGACAAGGCAUUUUUUCAUUGAAAAUAACUUCUACCCCUAAUUUUAGUCGGAGAACUGGACAGAACACACCACUGAGACCCAGGACUGCAGAGAAGACAGCAAUGUACCUAAAAUGGACUUGGUUUACUGUAUAUGCUGCUGACAUCCUGUGAUUCAAAUGAAAAAAUAAAUAUUACAAUACAAAUAAUUAAUUGGAUACAGUAUGUUAAAUAUGUCAUGUUUUCAUUGAAAUAUCUUGCUUUUGUAUUUUAAUUUCUAACCCAGUCAAGUACAACAUUACUUUUACAAAGCUGUUAUUCAGGAUUUUGUCACAUAGUUGAGUAUCAUUCAGUCCGGAACAACACCAUAACCCACUCAGACCUCAACAAUAAACAAAGUGUUGAGAGCCACAGUGUUUACAUUAACUGAAAAGGGAUACAUUAGCAUAACCACAUAAAAUUAUAAAUGUACUGCUUCUUUGCUAGCUAUGGUAUUUAACCAAGUACAUUUUAAUGGUCUCGGACAUUUUCUUAUUUAGCAGGAUUAUAUGACAUUAUCUGGCAUUUGCAGAUAAAUGCCUGGUGAUUCUAAAUUGGGAACUGUUGUCUGUCUGCCCUGUUGCCCUAUAUAUGUAUAUAUAUAUAUAUAUAUAUAUAUAUAUAUAUAAAUUUAAAACCCAUCCAUCCUUUGAGUGGCACAAAUGAUACUUGCUUUUUUUUUCUUGCUGUAAUGUAUGAAGGUGGCUAGCAGGUGGCAGCAGAGAGAUUCAUUCAGUAAAACCUGCAUUGUAGGGACUGGAAGAGAAUAAAAGUGAAGGACAUGAAAUUGUUGAUGAUAAACAACAAAAACAUCAAACUGGUGCUAGUACAUAAUUCAAUUUCCUGUUUCCUGUGAACUACAGAGUGUGAGCAGCACUAUAAUAACUGCAGUUCCAGUAGAUGUUGAUGUUUCCACCUGGAAUUAAAAAAAAAAAAAACUCCUCUUUUAACUGAUUUCUAAAAACGCCAUUUGAUAUUUUUUGUCAUAAACUCCUACACAACAAACAACAUUCAGUAUAAAAACUUCCCUCAGUUGAUCCAUCUCAUAUUGUACAGAGAGGAAUCAGAUGGUGCUCAGUCAAGCCAUCAGUAAUGGAGUGCCACAGGGCUCUUUCCUUGGUCCGUCACUAUUUACUGUACAUAAAUAACUUCAUUCACCUCAGUUGUCCAACACCUUUUUCUUUAAAAAUUAUAGGCUCAGUCUUAUUUUGGCUUGUAGGAUUAGUAAAGGUAGUGAAUCACAUUCACUUGAUUCUUUCUCGUUAUCUUCCGAUUUUAACUGCAGGAAUGAGAAAAAUAAUGGGUUUAGUUACUUACGCAUCCAACACUUCAUACCAAAAACUAAAGGCUCUCUGUCUUUUUAAAACUAUAGAAAAAAUAUUCUGCAGUCAUUUGUGAUUUAUUCUUCUGGGCACUUUGGAUUGUGGAGAUGUUCUUUGAUAUUAUACACAAUUGGAUGGACUUCAUGCACAGGAAUUAACAUUUAUCUCAUGAUAUGAAUCUAAAGUAAAAUAAAUAAAGUGUAUAUGUACUGUUAAA